GCUGGAAGGGCUGGCAGAGCCUCAUCCAGGAGCGUGAGACCGGUGACUCCUGGCUGGACGAAGCCGAUGGCCGAAGGAAGCAGCUCGAAACUUUCGGGACUUUGCGAAAGUCCACCGAGGCUGAAGCCUUUGCACAAUGCGGCUUUGUAAGGUGUAGACUCCGAGAGUGGGGGAAGUACAUCCUUAAGAUAGGUGGAGUUAUUUUCUUGGCUGUGUACGUUGGCAUCACCGCGGUGGGCGGCCUUGUCCAUGAAAGGCUGAAGGUCAUUGGUGAAGCCUGCUUGGAAGAUCUGCACAACGCUGUCCUAAUUCUCUUGGCCUGGGUGCUUGACUGCCGCAGAACUCCGGUGUUGGAGCAGAUACGUGAUGCACGGAAAGAAGCCAACUCGGUGCACCAUGGCGAGGGAGGGGCCCUCAAAAGGAGCUUGAUGGAGCGCUAUGGCACCAAGGCAGAUCUGGUUUCCGAGGUGCUGGAGCAAAUCACCGACAAGCAGGAAGAGGAGAAGAUCAACAAAAGGAAAGACAAACUGCGGCUGCUGCUGAAGCCCGAUGCAGACGAAGCCAGGAAGAAGGCGAUCGCUGAGGUUCUCGCCCGCUUUUGCGCCCGUUUCAGCCUAAAGUUUUAUUUCGCAGGGCUAGAACCGGCAGCCUUCCGGUACAUUCGAUCGGAGGAGUUGCAGUCAGAGGGCCAGGCUGCAGUGCAAGAGUUCCUGCUCCUGCCACAAUGGCAGCAGGCUCGGAUUUCAAUUGUGAUGUCGAUCCGGCUUGCGGUGGGGUUCAUGCCGAACUAUGCCCUUCCCCGGACAGCACGGGUCGCAGCCACCCUUGUGCAGGGCCUGGCGGCAGCUGCAACUGCUUGCCUGAUCUCCUCUUACAUGGGAUGGAAGGUCGGUCGAUCUGGAAAGUGCCAUCCAGCUGAUCCUUUGCAGAGGUAUUUGCGAGAAAGCUGCCUCGCCUUGGUAUGCGUGAUCAUACAGGAGUUGCCUUACUCGGCCAUUCUGUGGAUUCGCCGAGAACGGUUUCUUCACCGUGGAUGGAACAAGGCCGCUUUGGCCUGUUGCUCCUGGUUCAAAAGGAGAGUCUUCUGGUUUUUCAUGAAUCUCUGGUUCCUUCUGAGCGUGUUCUUCAUAAUCCAGUUUCUGGCGACAUCCAGUCCAGAAGAUGGUGACCACUGGAUGUUCGUGGUGUUCAUCAUUCUCAUCAUUGGCAAUGUCCUGAAGCCACUUGUUCAAAGCUGCUGCAUCAUGGCCGUCUACAUCAUGGCGAAUCAGCUGGGCAUGGCCCUUGUUUCAGACGAGAUUCACAACUGUCUGCGUGCUACUCAUGCCAAUGAACUGACUAACGAGGACUUGGAGGAGUUGGACCGGAAGUUCCUUGGGCAGCUGUUGACUUUCCAAGGUGACGCCGAGGAGGAGAUAGGCAAGAAAAAGAAGAAGAAAAAACGCAACGGAGCUCGGGAAACAAGCAACUUGGCUGAUCAAGCAGCUGAAGGAAAUAAGCUGGAUCCCGCCCAGCAGGAGAACGCCAGCCAGGGCGAGGUUAAGCCUUCGAUGUUGGAUGAGAUCAUCCAGGCUGAUAUCGAGGCUGCAGAGAAAGCAGAGAACGAGCAGCCUCAGCCUCCUCCCCGCGCUCGAAAGAGUUCGGGCGGCAACGGGCGCCGGGCACCCAACGGGCGAGGCCCAGGCCAAGCAGGCCAAGGUGUUGCGUUUGAUGAGCUUGACAUUGAUGAGGAGGAUCCUGAGCAGGCUGGAGAGGACUUUGAAGAAUUUGUGCCCUGGACCCCUCUCCAAUCAGAAGGGAGUCAAGGUGACAAAGAUACGGAAAUCUACCUUUCGCCGGCCCGAGACAAUAGAGAUUCCAAAGGAGCAGAAGCGCAUGUCGCAGAGCAGGCAGGAUGCUGUCCACAAGUAUGCCUACAACGCAGAACGCCUCCGCCUCAGUGGCGCAUGGUGAUGCAAAAAUCGUGGAUUGUUGGGGGCCUGUCGGAGCGCAGCUACAAGGAUAAGAAGGACGAUCGCAAGUUGCAGCUGGAGCAGGCAACUCUUAGGAUGCGGCUGGCAAAGGCCAUGUCGCUGGCUCAUAUGCGAUUCGGCGAGAAUCCAGAGCCCGCGAGCGACGCCGAGAAGGCGGCAUUAAAGGAAGCGCGCGAGCUUCUAGCAGAGGUGCUGACAGUCAGCGAGGCUCUCAAUAACGACUCCGUCAAAUACGAAUGCAUGAAGAUGAACCUGCAGGUAUGCAUCCAGGAUGAGGAUGUGUCAGAAGCCAGGAAGGUACUCUCCCGACUGCAGGAAGAGAAGCCUGACGAUGAGGACCUCAAGAGCGACAAUGCCAGGAUGGGCCGUAUGAAGUCACUUGAGUUUUGCAUGAACAUGUUCUUCUUCACUCUGCUGCUUUUCCAGACGGCAGCUGCUCCGCGGAUGUUCAGAGCUCUGGAGACGAAGCCUCCGGACCGUCACCUCAACUCGGACCACGAGCCGCCCAUGUCCAAACGCCUGCUCAAGGAGCGGCCGGCUAUCGGAUCUGUCCGCAUUCGCAAAGACUUAAGACCAGGCGGCUACAGCGACACCAAAAGCAAGAACAAGAUGCAAGUUGCAAGGCAGCAUGAGGACACCGAGUUCAAGCACCCUGAGACUGCAACACCAUUUGCAAUCUCUUUGCCUCCCGGAUUGGCGUCGAGUGAUGAUGAGCAACCGCUUUGCUUUGGCGAAGCUUUUCCAUAUCCGGGCGUGCCCCAAACGUUGCGAAACACAACAAUUUUCGGGUCUAUUGGCUCUGAGCUCCAUGGAACGGGGGAGUGCAAACCAUGCGCGUGGUUCUGGCACAACAAGGGCUGUUCGAAGGGCUCAGCGUGCACCUUCUGCCACAACUGUCCACCAGGUGAAUUGAAAGCCCGUCGCAAGCUGAAGGUUAUGAGGCUCCGACAGCAGGAGUAUGAGGAGUCAGCACAAGAGAGACUUCAGCAAAUGUCGCAGGACACCUUCCUUCCGGGAGCUAUGGAUUUGGGCGAUGUGGGAGCGAUGCCUUGGACAAACACGCCCGACAUGCAAGCGGCGACUGCAAAGUUGGAAGCUGACUUGCAAGCGAUGGACGGGUCUCCUGUGAAGGUGAGUUACACGGAGUCUUGGCCAUCCGUCGGCUCUCAGCAGCAUGGGACAGGAGAGUGCAGGCCUUGUGCUUGGUUCUGGAAGAAGGGCUGCCUCAAUGGACGGGAAUGCCUUCACUGCCACCUGUGCCCAGAGGGAGAACUCCGACGCAAGAAGAAGGACUGCCAUGUACCCAUGUACGGAGACAGACACACACACAAACAAACGAACGAACGAACGAACAAGUAA